UAUUCAUAGCAUAGUGAAGUCGAGCUGAAACACCAAAGGGUAGAAGAGGAAUAUGGUGAGCAAAACGGAGGAAGAAAAAUUGACCAGAUUGGAGAACCAAGUGGACAACGGCGGUGGCGGCGCGUGGGACUAUCUAUGCCUCGUCCGCAAGCUAAAACUCCGCCGCUCCGAUAAGGUCUUGAAGCAUGGCCUCUCCCUCCUCAACGAUUCCAAAACUCGAUCUGGCCUUGGAGCUGAAGAAUGGACCUUAUAUGAGCAGGUGGCGAUUGCUGCUAUGGACUGCCAAUGUCUUGAUGUGGCAAAGGACUGUAUUAAGGUUUUGCAGAAAAAGUUUCCAGGGAGCAAAAGGGUUGGUAGGCUAGAAGCAAUGUUGCUUGAAGCCAAGGGAUUAUGGGCAGAAGCAGGAAAAGCUUACUCAAGCUUACUGGAGGAAAAUCCAUCUGAUCAGGUUGUAUAUAAGAGGAGGGUAGCCAUGGCAAAGGCACAAGGUGACAUGUUAGGGGCCAUUGAGUGGCUCAAUAAGUAUCUUGAAAUAUUUAUGGCAGACCAUGAUGCGUGGAGAGAACUUGCUGAAGUAUAUACUUCCUUAUCAAUGUACAAGCAAGCAGCAUUCUGUUAUGAGGAGCUAAUCUUGUCUCAUCCAAUGGUUCCCCUUUAUCACUUAGCCUAUGCCGAUAUUCUAUAUACGCUAGGUGGACAAGAAAAUCUUCAGACAGCCAAGAAAUAUUAUGCAUCAACUAUAGACUUAACCGGUGGCAAAAAUACUAGAGCCCUUUUUGGUAUAUGCUUGUGUACGUCUGCCAUUGGGCAGCUGGCAAAAGGGCGAAACAAGGAGGAUAAAGAGAGUUCAGAGCUACAGUCUUUGUCGGCAAUGGCCCUGGAAAAAGAUUAUAAGCUGAGAGCUCCAGAGAAAAUCUCUCUGCUUGCUUCAACUCUAAGAAGCUUGAAGCUAUAAUCAUUUAAUUUGUUGUACACCACUUGGAAUUGGAAGCUGCAAAAGUGAAGUGAAGGCCCAAACCAUUUAACGAUCGAUUCUUGUUCUUUAGCUGCUUCAACUACUACGGGCAAGGAUGCAUUUCCUCAUUUGUGAUCUUCGUAUGAUAAUUAUUUAUUUUGCAGUUUCAUUUCCCAGAAUCUCAGUAUUUUAAAUGCUCUAUAGUGCUGAAAAGAUUAUCGUUUAUUGCUGACUAUAUCAUCUAUUAUAUUAACUUUGCCAAGCACUGAAUAUUUGUUUGUGGGAGACUAAAUUGGGAAAGUUUUAUACUCCGUAUGUAUUUGUUUUGUCUAGGCUGCUACUGUAUUGGGUUAGUAAUGAUAAUACUUUACAUGUUUGAUUUUGUAUCAUAUUAGAGCAAGGGUUUUAAGUAAAAAAUUAUGGUGUCAUGUUGGGAUGCUCAUGACGUGUAAAAUGUUACUCCGUAUAUUAUAUCGAGCUUAUUGUUCAAGCAAA